AUGGCUUCAGCGAUGGAAGUAAAAGAAAAUUUCGAGGCAAGGUUACGGACCAUCGUUGAAGGAAAAGGGAAGAACACAAGACUGUUCUUGCUUGAAAAAGUGAAAGAUAUUAUAUCAAGGUUAUCAAAGGAUCUAGAAAGUGAUGCUAUCACCACUAUUGAUUAUAAUAACUAUCGUUCAAGAUAUGAGAUUCUUAAGCUAGUGACAGGUCGGCCAAGGCAUCCCCAAAGCCAAGGAGCAGUGGAGCGACUCAAUGGUGUAAUCCAGGAUAAAUUGGAGAUAUGGAUGCGAGAGAAUAAUUCUAAGAAAUGGAGUAUUGGCUUAAAAUUUGUUCAGUGGCAAGUAAAUAUCUCGAAGCAUGAGACAACGAAACAUACACCAUUUAAGGCCACCUUUGGAGAAGAACCGUCAGUUGGUGUUUCUUCAACAAAUCUUCCUGAAUCAGUUUUGGAUGGCAUAUGCUACGAAGAUCUUGACAAGUUCUUCAGCGAGGACGGUAAUUAUGGCGAAAGGGAAGACGAUGAAAGUAGGAAAAGAGAACAGCAACUUGAAGAUGAAGAGGUUCCAGAGCAACCUGAAAGUGAAAAGGGGUUGAAGUGUAUUGAAGAAAGGGUUAAUGCCAUCGAAGCUAUACGGGAAAAUGUCGACAUUAGUCAGGCUCAAUCCGCAUCAAAGAUGAUCCGUAGGGGUAUGAGGAUGCAGGAAUCACUGCAGGUAGAAGACAACGCUACUCUAAGAAUUCCAGACGUUGAUCGGGGUCCUUCAGACCCUAAAAACUUACUAGUAGUUGUGCUGUCCAAGGAAAAUGACAUGUAUCGUUUAGGGUGCAAAGAAGGCACCUUAAAUUCUUGCUUUACUAGAGCUGAUUUAGAUAAAAUUGGUGAAAAACUACUUAAAGUGGCUGAUGUACCAGACAUCCACGUUACUCUCAGAGCUGCGGUAACUCGAUCCACUGGUGGCCAAGGUUACCAGAAAUGUAACUGCAAAUUAGAUUGUAUUUCUCUAAGAUGUAGCUGCAGUAGAAAGAAAAUGAAGUGUAACUCUAGGUGCCAUCCUAGCAACAGCUGUAAGAAUGUUUAG